AUGGAAAACCCUUUACAGCCGCAGCGGGAGACGCCGGGGGAAUUGCACACGGAGACACAGCCGCAGACAAGGGCACAGACAGAGACGCAGGCACAGACACAUACACCCACACACCCAAACAUCAAUCACACCCUCCCAAGUCUCCCAGAUGGCGCUUCUCUAGGUACACCACCAACACCACUGAGUGAAUCAAUCGAAGAACCAUUCAACGGUGUUGGCGGGGUGCAUGGAAAUACAUUCCCAGGUGAUAUAGUACCCACAAGCUUCGAUGACAACGUUUACAACUCUCUUUGUGAAUUGGAAUGUGGGAUUCCACUUAUCCUCGAACGCAUAAAGCAAUCAAUGAUUAGCUGCAAAGAAUCUUCCACUUUCCUUAAAAGAAAGUCCAAAAUCGAAGAGGACUAUGGAAAUCAAUUGAUUAAACUUGGUAAAUCCACGUCAGAAAUUUAUAGCUCAACUGAGGCAAAAGCUGGUUCAUUUGUCAACUCUUUUCACUCGAUUAUGCGCUUACAUGAGUCUAUCGGUGAAGGCAAGCUUAGAUUAGCUACACGUCUCAAUGAAAUCUCAGAUGAACUAUCUCAACUUCACAGACAAGUUGAUAAAAGCCGUAAGCACGCAAAAGAUUAUGGAAACAAACACGAAAAAUUUCUACAAGAAGCUGAAGCUAAUACCGAAAAAAGCAAACACCGUUUCGACGCUGUAGCUGAAGAAUUAGAACGCGUUCUCAUCAUUAAAGAAGGCGAAAGUCUUAAAGAGGGUUCUAUAUCACGUGCCGCAAAUGCAAAUGCUGGCUCUUCUCAAUCCUCUGUACACAGCGAUAAGAAAGGUGGCUUCUCUAAAAUGCGGAAAGGUGCUGGUUUCUUUAGAGGUCGUAACCCUGCACACAUACUCAAGCAAGAGGAGGAUAUCCGCAACAGAAUCUCCCAAGCUAGCGAUUCUUUCAAACGACAUGCCCAGGAGAGUUCUAGUCUGCGUUCAGAGUAUUGGGAGAUCUACAUGCCACGUAUAGUGAGAACAUUAAAGGAAUGCUCCGACGAGAUUGACUUAGGUGUUCAAUAUCAUUUGGAACGCUAUGCUUUCUUAUUAGAGAACUCCCUCCUCAACGAAGGUGUCACUGUCACUCCUCUAGCAAAAGAAGACGGUCCCGGUUUAAGAGCCUUGGUUGAAGGUAUCGACAACCAGAAAGACUUCAAGACUUUCAUGCAGAACUAUUCCAUUUCUCAACCAAAAACAACCGGUCCUGCCAAGCAUGGUCCCGAUUACGAAAGUCAAGCAAAGUCAUUCUCUCCUUCACAAUCUUACGCCCGCAUACCAACAGCAUCACACUCUCAAAAUCAAACACCGAAAGCUGCUACCGCCUCGCUGCCUUCAUUUUCAUCUAGAAAGACAUUUGGUGUCGAUUUGACGGAGCAGAUGGUGAGAGAUGAUGUAGAGAUACCUCUAAUUGUCGAUAAAUGUAGCAACAUCAUCGAAGCUCAAGGAUUAGACAGCCAGGGUAUAUACAGGUUGUCUGGUACAACAUCAAAAGUCCAAUCACUCAAGGCAAAGAUUGACCAGGAUGUGGGUGGCAUAGACCUCUUCCAAGAGGAAGAAGCUAUGGAUAUUAACGUAGUUGCGAGUGUUGUUAAGCAGUGGUUCAGGGAGCUUCCUGAGCCUCUUCUGACGUAUCAACUUUACGCACAAUUCGUCGAAGCCGCCAAGGUGGAGAACGACAGGCUGAGGCACAUCAAGCUGCAUGAGACGGUCAACCAACUCCCGGAUUGCAACUACUCCACUCUCAAAUAUCUGAUGGGUCAUUUGGAUAAAGUUAAGGACCUGCAUGAGAUCAACUCGAUGCAUACAUCUAACCUUGCUAUUGUCUUUGGGCCUACUCUUCUCAAUCCACCUCCAGAGGAACAGGCCAAGGGCACUGCUUUGGCUGAUAUGCAAUACCAGUGCAAGGCAAUUGAAACUAUUCUCGAGAAUUACGCUGCUAUCUUUGUUGAAGAGGAACAGCAGUAG